GCCGCCAUCGUUACCUGCAGCUCGGCCCUCUCCGCUUCCCAGCGCCCUUUCUCCGCCUCGAACCGCGCCCACUCGUGCUGGAUGAAGUGCAGGAUGCCCGGCAGGCUCAGGCCGCGCCACCGCGCGGUCACCUCUGGUAUCACCACCACCGACAGCAACACCUCCCAAUGAACUCGUUAAUUAACGAACGAAUUAACUAAUUAAUUCAUCCACACCAUGAGAAUCACGCCCUGCCAGGCCGCCUUGGCCGCCGCCAUCGCCCUCAACCUCCUCCUGCUGCUCUUCUCCCGUUUCCUCCCCGGCGCGCCGCCGCCGCCGCCGUGCCGGCGCUCCCGGCGCGUCCCCGACGGCGUCCCCGGCGUCACCGUCAUCCUCCUGGAGUUCGACGGCCCCGAGCACGACGUGGCCGCCACGGCCCGCUCCUUCGCCGCGCUGCCCGGCGUGGCCGUGCUGGUGGCCUCCGAGACGCCGCCGUACCCUCCGGCGCCGCUGCCCGCCGGCGCGGCCGCGCUGCCGCUGCGGCCGGAGCCUCACCUGCCGCCGCCGCGGCCGGAGCUGGCGGUGCGGACGCGCCACGUGGCGUUGGUGCCGGACGGCGCCCGCGCCGCGCCGGGGCUGCUGCGCCGCAUGAGGGACGCGCUGGAGACCGGCACCGCCAAGGUGGUGGCGGCGGCCGCGGGGCAGCGGCGGCCGCGGUGUUUGGAGCUGGAGCUGGACGUCAAAGCGUGGACGGCGCGCUACAGCUACGCCGAGCGGCGGAGCGACCGGCGCGGCGAGCUCUGCGGCGCGCUGGACGACGCCCCGGCCGUGCUGCUGCUGCGGACGCGCGACCUCUUCUCGCUGCCCUUCCCGCUGGCUCGCCCGGCGGCCGCCUCGCUGUCCCUGCAGGCGGCGGCGCGCGGCUGGCGGCUCCUCCUGCUGCCGGCUUCCUUCCCGGCCGCGCCGGUGCCGCCGCCGCGCCGCCGCGGCGCGGAGGAGUCGCGCCGGCGGGCGCUGCUGGAGCGCUUCGGCGUCAAGCUGGAGGUGCUGCCGGACGGCGGGCGGCGCUGGCACGGCUGCGGCAAGGAGACGGCGCGCUGCUUCGGCACGGUGCGGGCGCAGAGCCCCGAGUACCUGCUGGCCGGGCGCUGGACGCCGCCGUGCUGCCUGCGGGCGCUGCGCGCCACCGCCCGCCACGUGCUGGCGCAGCUGGAGGCGGCGGGCGUGCGCCACUGGCUGGAGGGCGGCUCGCUGCUGGGCGCCGUGCGGCACGGCGACAUCGUGCCGUGGGAUUACGACGUGGACGUGGGGCUCUACCGCGACGACGUGCCCAAGUGCCGCUGGCUGGCGGCCGUGGCGGCCUCGGGACGCCCGCUGGAGGAUCCCGACGGCUUCCUGUGGGAAAAAGCCGCCGAGGGGGAAUUUUACCGCGUGCACUUCAGCCGCGCCAACCGGCUCCACGUGGACCUGUGGCCGUUCUACGUCCGCCCCGGCGCCGCCGUCAUGACCAAGGACACGUGGCUGGGGCACCGGCAGGACGUGGAGUUCCCCGAGCGCUUCUUGGUGCCCCUGGGCGCCGUGCCCUUCGUGGGCGUCGUGGCCAAGGCGCCCAACGACCCCCGCGCCUUCCUGGAGUUCAAGUUCGGGCCCGGCGCCAUCGAGAACCCCGAGUACCCCAACCCCGAGGUCAGGAGGUUGGCGCAGGACCUGGGCAAUAAAACUGCGCCGUGACGCUCGUGCCGC